GCCUGCCAUGUCCACAUGCCCGGUCCGUCUGCUGCCACUGGCCUGCCCUGGGCCCAGCGGGCUCGCCUCCAGCCCGCCAGCCUGGCACUCCGAAAGCAGGAGGAAGAAGAGAUGAAGAGGUCCAAGGCCCUCUCCGACAGCUAUGAGCUCUCCACAGACCUGCAGGACAAGAAGGUGGAGAUGCUGGAGCGGAAGUACGGGGGCCCGUUCCUCAGCCGGCGGGCGGCUCGCACCAUCCAGACGGCCUUCCGCCAGUACCGCAUGAACAAGAACUUCGAACGGCUGCGCAGCUCAGCCUCGGAGAGCCGCAUGUCCCGGCGCAUCAUCCUGUCCAACAUGCGCAUGCAGUUCUCCUUCGAGGAGUACGACAAGGGCCAGAACGCGCCUUACUUCGAGGGCAAGCCGGCCUCCUUGGACGAAGGCGCCAUGGCAGGGGCCCGGGCCCAUCGGCUGGAGCGCGGCCUCCCCUACGGCGGCUCCUGUGGCGGCCUGGACGGAGGCAGCUCCGUCACUACCUCCGGGGAGUUCUCCAAUGACAUCACCGAGCUGGAAGACUCCUUCUCCAAGCAGGUGAAGUCCCUGGCAGAGUCCAUCGAUGAGGCCCUGAACUGCCACAGCCUACGGGGAGAGGAGGAGGAAGAGGAGGACGAGGAGGACGAGGACGAGGAGGAGGACGAGGAAGAGGACGAGGAGGAGGACGAGGAGGAAGAGGAGGAGGAGCCGGUGGAGUCGGGGAGAGUGGAGGGAUCGGGGCCCCUUCCAGAGCAGACGGAGGCCCGGGACCGGGACCACCACGGGGACAGCACGGGCACCUCCUUUAGUGACGUCACCCUCUACCUGGAUGAAGCCACCGGGCCCGUGUCCCCACUGUCCCCAGACCACCCGGCUGGCGGAAAUGACACUCCACAGCCUCCGCUGCCGCCACCCCCGUCUGGUGCUGCCGGGGCUCGGGAGGAGGAUAUGGGGGCCCGCCGGGGCCCCCCCUGCCUCGAAUGCAGGGAUUUCCGCCUCCGCGCGGCCCACCUCCCACUGCUGACCAUCGAACCACCCAGCGACAGCUCCGUGGACCUCAGCGACCGCUCUGACCGGGGCUCCAUCCACCGGCAGUUGGGCAAUUAUGAGGCCGGUGGGUCCGGCAGCCCCCACGGUACCUUGCAGCAUCCAGAGCCGCCACCACCCGGGAGACCCCCUCACCCCCUCCGCCACUACCCAGCCCCGGAGGCUGGUGGCCUGGGGCCGCCGCCGCCGCCCCCUGGAACAUCCGCCCUCAACAGCGGCGGUCCCCCGGGGAGCAGCGGCCGAAUCCUCAUGGGCAAGUGUGAGGCCGGCUCGGCCACGGUGGCCGGCGGCGGCGGCGGCGGCGGCGAUUCGGACGGGGACCCCGAUAGCUUGAACAGCACCACAAACUCAAACGAGACCAUCAACUGCAGCUCGGGCUCCUCCUCACGAGACAGCCUGCGAGAACCCCCCGCCCCCCUGGGCUCCCAGACUUACCAGCGGGAGACCAGGCACAGUUGGGACUCCCCAGCCUUCAACAAUGAUGUGGUCCAGAGACGGCACUACCGCAUAGGCCUCAACCUCUUUAACAAGAAGCCAGAGAAGGGGAUCCAGUACCUGAUCGAGCGAGGCUUCUUGUCGGACACGCCCGUGGGGGUGGCCCACUUCAUCCUGGAGCGCAAAGGCCUGAGCCGCCAGAUGAUCGGCGAGUUUCUGGGCAACCGUCAGAAACAGUUCAACAGGGAUGUGCUCGACUGCGUGGUGGACGAGAUGGAUUUCUCCUCCAUGGAUCUGGACGAUGCUCUGCGCAGGUUCCAGUCGCACAUCCGGGUACAGGGCGAGGCCCAAAAGGUGGAGCGGCUCAUCGAGGCCUUCAGCCAGCGCUACUGCGUGUGCAACCCGGCCCUCGUGAGGCAGUUCCGGAACCCAGACACCAUCUUCAUCUUGGCCUUCGCGAUCAUCUUGCUCAACACAGACAUGUAUAGCCCCAACGUCAAGGCCGAACGCAAGAUGAAGCCGGAAGACUUCAUAAAGAACCUCAGAGAGUACAAUUACUUCUGGGGUUCUGGACCCCCUGAGAGCCCGCGGCCCCGGUUCCUGCGUAAAGCCCUCGGCCUCUCCCGCCGUAAACCCCCUUCCAAGUUCUGA